CCCUAAGCGUUGCACUAAGCAGAAGGACGGAAUCCCGUGGAGGUUUCCCAGAGGCACGAUGGCUACCUACAGCCUGGCGAACGAGCGAUUACGCGCCCUGGAAGACAUCGAACGGGAAAUCGGCGCCAUCCUCCAGAAUGCAGGGACGGUGAUCCUGGAACUGUCCAAGGAAAAAACCAAUGAGCGGCUUCUAGACCGGCAGGCGGCAGCCUUCACCGCUUCGGUGCAGCACGUGGAGGCGGAGCUGUCGGCUCAGAUCCGCUACCUCACCCAGGUGGCCACUGGGCAGCCCCAUGAGGGCUCCAGCUACUCUUCAAGGAAAGACUGUCAAAUGGCUCUGAAGCGAGUAGACUAUGCCCGUCUCAAGCUCAGUGAUGUGGCCCGAACCUGUGAGCAGAUGCUGGAGAACUAAGCCAAGGAGUGGAUCCAGAGUGUGGAGGGAGAUUAUGACCUGCACUUUGGGUCAGAACUUAGAAGCAUGCAGGAUGGGAAGCAGGAACUGAAACAUACAUGCCCUGCUGGUCAAAGAAGACUUAAGACAAGGACCAGAAGUUGGAAAUGGAGAAAACUAAAACCCCAUCUUACCCACAGCUGUGGCUUGACUCCUCCAGCAGGGUGUUCCUGCUUUGGAUUUAGCAAGUUCAGGAGAUGGACAUUCAGUUGCCCAAUCCAUUUCCUCAUGUCCAUCAUGCCCCUGCCCCAGGCUCCCAAAAACAGCCUAAUGAAGAUAUGUUCUUCCUCAUUGGAAGAUACUAAACAAGAACUAAGGAUUUUAUUAAUAAAAGCAAUAACAAUUUUUUAAAGGAAA